AUGGCCCUGGGGCAGGUGCUGCUUGUUGUGCUGGCCGCGUGCUCCGUGACGGCCACCAAGGAGCAGCUGCUGAACGUCUGCAUGGAUGCCAAGCACCACAAGAGGCAGCCUGGCCCGGAGGGGCUGCUCUAUGGGCAGUGUUCCCCCUGGAAGGACAACGCCUGCUGCACGGCCAACACCAGCUCCGAAGCCCACAAGGAGCAGUCCUACCUGUACAAGUUCAACUGGAACCACUGUGGGCUCAUGGCAGCCAAGUGCAAGCGGCACUUUGUGCAGGACACGUGCUUGUACGAGUGCUCGCCCAACCUGGGGCCGUGGAUCGACAAG